GCUCGGCAUGUCUUUGGUGAGGAGCCUGUAGCCCUGGUAUUCCUCCUGCCAACUAGAUGUCCCUGGGCUGCAGCCCUGGUGCUGCAGAGGCCCAUCAGGGAAGGGCAGCGGCCUGGAAGGGCAGCGUGGGGCUCACACACAAAAGUUGUGUGUGGGGCCAGGGGGGCUCUGUCCUGCCCACAGCCUGCCCUCCCUCCCGGGCAUCGCCCCGCCAGCUGCCUCUCCGUGCAGACAAAGGCUGGUUUCCAGAGCAGCCCACCUACCUGGCCAUCAGCAGUCACGUGCCACAGCACUUCAUUAACUACAGCCCAUAUAAAGCCCAGGCAGCAUGUGGGGAGCAGGACGUCGAGGCAGAGCCUGGCAGCGGAGCAGCGAGCGCAGGGCUCGGAGAGGUUGGUGCCCAGGACCAUGCUGCAGGGGCUGCUGCUGUGCUGUGGGCUGCUGCAGGGCCUCCAGGCCGCGCUGGCUGCCGACCUGGGCUGUGGGCCGCUGCAGAAGGCGAGCGGGGCUGUGGAGGGGCCGGACAGAGGCCGCUACGCCAGCCUGCGCCACAGGACCAGGGAGACCCCCACGCUGCCAGCAGCUCUCCCCAGGCUGGGGCUGCAGCAGAUGGCCCUGGAGGUCCAAGAAGCUGACAGUGACCUUGUGCAGAGCCCUGGCGUGCCGGAGCCACAGGCAUCGGCGGCAGAGCUGCAGGCUGGGGACCGGCAGGAACGCUCGCCCCGCCGCUGCGUCCGCCUGCUGGAGUCCUGCCUGGGGCAGCAGCUCCCCUGCUGCGACCCCUGCGCCACCUGCUACUGCCGCUUCUUCAACGCCGUUUGCUACUGCAGGAAAAUCAGCAGCAGCUCCCCCUGCGGCAAGAACUAGCGCCCGUGCGGCGGGGCUGCCUGCUCCUCGCCCACCCCUGGCCGCCUCCCCCGUAGCUCUAAUAAACCAG